CAGAGAUCGCGCCAGGCACACCAUUUGAACUUCGACUCUUUUCUCCCAAGCGUAUAUGGCAAUCAAAUUCUGCUCUCUGAGUUUUAGAGCUCCAUUAACGGCAUCUUUCUUAGGGCACACAUCUUGAACUUAGUUUGUAGCUGCGGUUUUUAGUUAUAUGCUGAUAUGCCUCUGAGGUAUGUCGAUGGAUAGAAGAGAGGCUGAUCUACCGGCGGACAACCCAGAUUCAAAUUUCCACCGCUCAUUCAAUGUAACAACGUCAUCAUCAUCAUCAUCAUCUGCUCCCUCCAACUUCCUCCGCGACUUACAAGCUGCCUAUAAGCGUCAUCCUGUAGGUAUGAUGGCACAGCUGAAGCCAAGACGUUCAGUGGUUCGAGGGGAAACAGGAAAGAGCUCAGAUCCAGCAGUGGACUCCAAAAUGAGAGCUGAGUCUCCUCAUCUCCAUCUAAGUAAAAAAGUGCAAGAUUACAUUUUACAAACAAAGAAUAUGCCAUCUUCUAGUCCUUUUAAUCACGAGGAUGCUUCAAUUACACCACCUUCCGUAUCAGAUAAAACCAAUGAUGAAGGAAAUCCAAUAUCAAUAGAUGCUGAGAGAAGUCAACCUAGUUUUGGUACUAGUUGUACAAGCAACAACACAGCUUGCUCCUCAGUCAUGGAGCGUGACAAUGGCCCAAAGAAGGUUCAGUUUGCAUUGCAAAAGAAUACAAUGUUUCAUGGGUCUGAUGAUCACAUGAGCACAGGAACAGACAACUAUCGACUCAUAUAGAUUCACUUGCAUUGACAGAAAUGGAAAGCAAUGGAAGUAAUCAGUUGGAUGUCUCAGCUGCUCACCAGAGUUUUCAAAACAUGGAUGUUGAUCUUUGUUUCAAAACUAAUGAUGAUCAGAAUCAGAUUAACCCUUUCAGAAACUUCCUACAGAGGGACUUUGGUCAUAACAUGACCCAAUCAUCAGUUGUUGGCUCAUCUUGUGCUACCACAACACUAGUGAAUUCACAAAAUGCUCCCAUGCUUAACUCAACUACCAACUGUUCCCACCUUCAACAAAAUAGCAUUCAGACUGGUGAAUAUUCUCAUGUACAAAAUCAACCCUUGCCUUCUGAUCAUCUUGGCUCCUUAGUUCCCUCUGCUUCUGUGGGUUCAAAUCUUGAAAAGAAGCAUGAGUUUUCUAAGGAUCAACAAGGAAAAGAAGAAGGGUAUUCUGGUAUGACAAAAGACCCUCCUCUCCCUGCUGAGAUAUCAACAAAGGGAAACACAUUUGCUGCUGAUAUUACUGAUAUACAAUCUGAAGCUCCCAUAUCAGACGACCAUUUUUCUAAUGUGAAAACAGAAGCUUCCAAACCUGAAAAGAAGGAAAAAAGUAGUCGAAAGAGAAAUUAUGAUCCAGACUUGUUUUUCAAGGUCAAUGGGAAGCUGUAUCAAAGGCUUGGAAAGAUAGGUAGUGGAGGAAGUAGCGAGGUCCACAAAGUCAUUUCUCAAGACUGCACAAUUUAUGCCUUGAAAAAGAUAAAGCUUAAAGGGCGUGACUAUGCCACUGCGUAUGGAUUUUGUCAGGAGAUUGAAUAUUUAAACAAACUCAAGGGAAGGGACCACAUUAUUCAACUCAUUGAUUACGAGGUGACAGAUAAGGCUUUGAUGAAGGAAGUGAUGAGUGGGUCUGUGAGUAACAAGAAUGGGAAAGUGAAGGAGGAUGGGCAUAUUUACAUGGUGCUUGAAUAUGGUGAAAUUGAUUUGGCUCACAUGUUAUCCCAUAAGUGGAAGGAGCUUGAUAACUCCAAAUCCAACUCAACCAUAGAUGAGAACUGGCUCCGUUUUUACUGGCAGCAAAUACUUUUGGCUGUGAAAACGAUACAUGAAGAACGUAUAGUGCACUCAGACUUGAAGCCAGCUAAUUUUCUCCUUGUAAGAGGCUCCCUGAAGCUAAUUGAUUUUGGUAUUGCAAAAGCCAUCAUGAGCGAUACAACAAAUAUUCAACGAGAUUCUCAGGUGGGUACGCUGAGUUACAUGUCUCCAGAGGCAUUCAUGUGCAACGAGACGGACGCACAGGGAAACAUAAUAAAAUGUGGUCGUCCAUCAGAUAUCUGGUCCCUCGGUUGCAUCCUUUACCAAAUGGUCUACGGGAGAACACCCUUUUCAGAUUACAAAACUUUCUGGGCCAAAUUCAAAGUCGUCACAGAUCCACACCACAAUAUCCAAUACCCACCCGUAUCAAACCCAUGCCUUCUCGAUCUCAUGAAGAAUUGUCUCGCAUGGGAUCGAAACCAGAGAUGGAGGAUCCCCCAACUUCUUCAACAUCCGUUCCUCGUUCCUCCACUUGAACAACAACAAGAUAAUCAAAAUAACUGUAAAUUUAUUCGCUUGGUUUCUGAAUCCUGUGUAAAUAAUCCGAAAGCGUUGAUGAUAUGUGGUCGAAUUGAGGAACUUAUAAGAGACCCGUUACGGGAUGCAACAACAAGAACCGAGGAGUCGAGAUGUAUAUCGGGAUUGUUGUAUGAAAUGUCAAAACUUUGUGUUCAACUUAAGGAGGAGUUGGAGGAUGAACACAGAUGAUUGGUUGGUUCGUUGCUCUGUAUAAUUUAGUAUGGAUUAUUGGAUACAAAAGGUCCCGUGGUAUGGAUCAGAUGAGUUGGGGUCAGUGUUAGCAAAACAAGACUCGAUGGGAGAAUCAUGGUUUCUGUUGACUUCUUACAAUGUGUGUAAAAUGUUAUGUUUUAGGUUUUGGUUUUUUGUGCAGUUUAAUAAAAUUUCUCCACUAUUGCUGGCGAAACUUCCAUUUCAUUUCUUUCGAAAUGGGAUCUUUUUCUUUUGUUGUUAUUAUGUUUCAAUUUCGCAAGGUCAUGGGCAAUUGUAGUUGUAUGUGACAUCCAAUGCCUCUAUACUCGUCUCGCAAUUGCUUUGAUCUUUGAUAAUAG